GACCUACCCUCAAGGUUUCACAAAGGGUAGGCCCAGAGAGGAGUAGGCUGUGGAGAUACUGUGGGAACAACUUCUCUCAGAUUAGGUAGUUUCCUCCCUGAAGAGGAGGGUAAAACUCUCAAUUCAAUUCCAGGCCCAUUUUCUACUGUGUCAGGGUCCAUAUCUCCUGGCCUCUGUUCUUAGCCCUCUGACAAUUGACACCACCGCCUACUCUCAUGGAGGGACACCUUUUCUGGAACUGAGUCCUACCCUGAAGAAAUUUGGAUGGUACCUUUUUUCCAACUCUAGAACCUUUUAUUAUUUUGACUUGUUUAUAGUCUUUCUCUCUCUCCUCUCCAUACUUCCCAGAGAUCUGGAGCAGCACCUUAUACCUUGACAAAGAUUUCAACAUCACCAUGAAUAUUUUCUUCCUUUUUGCUCUCUUGAACCUGCCUGUUGUUUCCAUCUCUCAUAUAGAUUACAGCAUUGACUCUAUUCCUCCCUAUGUGGUCUACUUGAAAUCCGAUUACUUGCCCUGCACCGGAGCCCUGAUCCACCCUCUCUGGGUGAUCACAGCUGCACACUGCAAUUUACCGAGGCUAAGGGUGAUGUUGGGAGUUACAAAUCCAUCAGACCCCGAUGAAUUUAACACACAAGUAAUUGGUUAUAUGAAGAUAAUUCACCAUCCACACUUCACAAUCACGUCUAUUGAUCAUGAUCUCAUGUUAAUCAAGCUUAGAAGAGAGGCUAAACUCAAUGAUCAUGUGAAACUGAUCAGCCUGCCCAAAGAACCUGCUAUUGUGAAUACCAUGUGUACCAUCUCCACCUGGGCCUACAACGUAUGUGAUAUCUCCAGAGACCCAGACUCAAUGCAGAAUGUGAACAUAUCUAUAAUUUCCAGGACUGAUUGCCACAAUGCCUACAAAAACCAAGAAAUCAAAGAAACUAUGAUAUGCGUGGGCAUUGUUCCAGGGAGGAGGCAGCCCUGUAAGGAAGUCUCAGCAGCCCCUGCAGUCUGCAAUGGGGUACUUCAAGGAAUCCUGUCUUUUGCAGAUGGAUGUGUUUUGAGAGCUGAUGUUGGCAUAUAUGUCAGAAUCUUUAACUAUGUGUCAUGGAUUGAAAAUGUAAUCAGGAACAACUGAACUCCCACUGUAUCUUUGAGUUUGGGGCCACAUAACAGCUUAUUCCCAUGCCCAGCCUCAGAAUUAAACCUAAAUAAACUCCUUGGGUUGCAACAA